AUGUCUGCACCGAAGCAGUUUCUCCCGUACCUGCCGACGGUGGGGUCGAUCCGCUCCCGCCACAAGCUCGAUCGGUCGGUAGCUCGAUGGCGGCCGACGGACCCUUUGCGGGACGACUCGCUAGUGCAAGACAGUUGGGAGCCACAUCAGGAGCCACAGAACCAACCACCGUUGGUGCAGCGCUUGCGUGAGGUACAGUCCGUCCCCACGCUGCCCGCCUUGCCACAGACGUCGGACAGGCAAACUUCUUCCAUGGUCAAUCUCUGGCGAGAUGCUAGAGACCUGCUCAGCGGCAAAGAGGCAGAGCUGCCAAUCCUUGUGCCACCACCGGCACAUCGAGUACUGGAUCUCGGCCAGGCAGCCACCACAAAGCCCAGCAGCAAGAAACGAAGCAGCAGGAGGACGCUGGUGGAAGGCUCGGGGUUCGUGCGUAUUCCAGAGGCUCAGAAGCGUAGAUCGAAGCUGCCUAAAUCUCUGCAAUUCGAAGCGGCGCAGCCUCCCGCUGCAGAGGCACAGGGCAACCGCCAAGGGCUGGAGAAGACAGGCCUUUCAACCGCGCAGCAGGGCGCCCUAGAGGUCGACCGGGCUUAUGUCGCCCGACAGCUGGCUCAGCAGGUGGAGGAAACGAACAAAGAGGCUUCAAUGCAGAGGCAGGCAGCCGCCGUGGCUGAUCGCUGGUGGUCCUCGAUCUUCUUGCCCGUCCCGGCUCCACGGCAGCUCCUCCCCGAAGCCUUGGUUGGCCAAGAGGGCCUGGUCAACGAGGUCAACCAUCCUGCGAAGCCGGUGACUUUCAAUGCGAAGGUAAAGCUGGCACCAGAAGAGAUCGAGGAGAUCGUGCGGCUUUGCCGUCUCUUCGCCGGCCUGACCCAGCCAGAAACCUUGGAGGUGGCAAAGAGGGACUCUGGCGCCGAGGCGAACGAACUGGUCUUGAGCAGGCCUUCCUUCUGCCAACUUCUAAUCGCGCUGGGGAUCUCCCCACGGGCUCAAGACCUCGUGCCAAGAUAUCAUCGAGUUGUGAAUUGCUUCGACGCACAGGCCAAGCAGUGCCUGGUCAGUGGCAUGCCGGUGUCCGGCGGCAUGAUCUUGGGACUGGCGCUGCCUGGCCUUCCCGAGAAACUGGACGAGGGCGCUAUGUGGCAGCUGGUGAACGAUUCGAAGACCGUGGCACUUAUGAGGCUUUUCGGACUGCUGCUCGACGACAUGGCAACGAAUCCGCUGUUAGAAGGGCAGGACAUGGUUGAGGCACUCCCACGUGCCAAGAAGCACUUCUUCUUCAGCUUGCUGCCUGCUGCCCAGGCCUAUGCAGACGCUCGCCGCCGGCUUCUACAUCAAAAGGCUGCAACAGCUCAGAAACAGGCUCAGCGCUCAGCGGUUCGUUGGUCGCCGGCCGUGGAGGAGCCAAGCUUGAGCAACACGCGCAAGGGAGACCGCAACGUUCCAACUUCGGGAGCGAGUACGCGCCCGACAUCAGUGAGCAGCCACGUGCCCAAGGACAUGGAUGCAGAGUCCGAGAUGACCAGCGAGGCACCAUCCCAGACAUCGUCCCCCACGAACAGGCGGCGCACCCCAAGAUCGCGGAGCCAAAGCGGCAGGCGAGUGCCUCCACAGACGAACGCGCCCGUGAAGGUCGAGGAAGAGCCGGACGACGAGCCUCCGAGUGCCUCGCAGUCCCUACCGCCUGAGAUGCUCAAGGCGGAGUUUUUGCAAAGCCAGAUGCUUGAGCCAGAGAUCCUCAGUUUUGGAGCGAUGUUCCUCGGAACUUUCCAGGUUUUGUUCAACAAGUAUCACGACUUUCCGACCUCAGCAUGUGCGAGCCAGAUGAGCAUAUCUGGAUUCUUGAGGUUCUGCUUCGACUUUGGAUUGUUUCCUUCGGUUGUUGACCUGCAAACCAUACAGCAGCUCUACGGCUUGUGCGCAGCAGAAGGCGAGAAACAGGAUGCAAAGAGCAGCUCGACCGACCGUGCUGCAAGCCCCGCGCCCACGAGGAGCUCGCAGAAAAAACGAAUCUCACCGAAGAAGCUCCGCAAGCAAGCAGAUUCACCAAACCAGAUCUUCUGGAACGGGCAGCAGGUCCCGAUGCAUUUGGGCUGGCUGACGCGCGACUUUGCCCAUCACAGCGAGCAGGAGUCCAAGUGCGUCUGCAUCCUCAGUGCCAUCAACGACUGGAUGAAGGACCGGAUGUGGACGUCCGCCGACGUCUUCAAUUUUCUGGACAUCAAUGCGAGUGGCUUAAUCAGCACGCGCGAGUUCAUCGAAGGGGUGAAACUCAUGCGGUUGAAGAACUUGCCCAGCGACGAGGAACUUCGCAGGUUGCUGCCUCUUCUCAUGUCUGCCGACAAGGGCCUGAUAGCUCCGCGGGAACUGCAUCAGGCUUUGGCGGUCAUCGCGAAGCAGAAGCACAAGUUGGACCUUGCAGCCAACUUUUUCCUCAAGCCCGAGCCGGACAUGUCCAUGGCAGAGUGGAACGCCAGCCACUUCUUCAGGGACCUGGUCAAGGUGAUGGAGAAGAAUUCUUGGUCGCCAGGGCGUCUCUUUGCUGAGCUUGGAGGUGGCAAGGAAGCCAUCACCAAGCAAGAGCUCGAGGAGAAGGCGCGCGUCUUGCUUCGAGUGCACUGUGGCCGCAGCCCGGCCCUGGAAGUCGCCCAGCCCUUCGACAUCCUCGAUGUGAAUGGGGAUGGGGUCAUUGAGAGGGAGGAAUUCGUUGCCAUCAUUGUGCAAUUGCUCAAGGCCUUGGCCAUGCAGGGCAAGGAGGACUCCGGCCGGCGCCGACGGCAGCUGCAGGCAGCGACCGUAGCCCUGGCUGGUCGCUUCCCUAUUGCUGAUGGCCUGGCAGCAGUACGUCGUGCAGAGGCAACAGCUGCGGCCCAGAACACAAAGACAGUGGAGUUGUUCGGACUGCAUCAGUUCAUUGAGUGCCUGCUCUUGAUGGCUUUCGAGGUCAUCGGGGUCCGGGGCACCUCCACACAAGCACAGCAGCCGACCAUCACCAAGGCCGUGUGGCUUUUGCUUUAUCUGCGGUGGCAGUACGAGCUGAAGCUGAAGCAGGCAAACGAGAAAAAGGAGCAAGAAAGUGCAUGGGCCGAGAAGCUGGGAGUCUCUCCUGACACAGUCCUUGACGUGCUUGAUGAGAGGUCCUGUCACUACAAGGAUCCACUCCAUCAACUUUUUGAGGAGGUUCCUGAGCUCUUCAAAGACGUGCCUUGCCGCAAGCAGGUCGUGGAGGCAGACGUAGCAGAGCCGCAGGUCAGUGGGCCUUGUCAAGGAUGCGGCCGCGAUCGUCGCGGCGGUUGGGGCACACUGGUUUGCCCAGAGUGCUCGGACAACGGGGAUGUGCUGGAGGCAUUUUGGCAGAAAGCUCAGGCAGAAGAUCCUUCCGGAAAGCGGAUGAACCUGAUCCAGAUGCUACCUCAAGUGACUGGUUCAAGGCACCUCUUGGCCGGAUUCAAGCAGAAGGGGAGGCCCCAGGGACUGCCAACAGAAGCAGAGCUGCACAGUUCCGAGACAUAUCUUCGACCGGCCGAGCCGAGCUCCGAUGAGGCCCAGGGCCCGAAUGCUUGGCUUAGCCUGCACUCUGUGGAUGGUGUGCUGUCGGCGCUGUCCGCAGGCGCCGGGCGGGAGCUCGAGGGCCUGGCUGGGAGAGUCAGGGAUGAUGAGAUGAGAUUUUCCUGCGAGGACGAGGUGCCGUUGCUGAUCGAGCCGCCUCCUCCGCCACCCCUGGCCCGCGAGGUGGAGGAGGUGGGCAGCUUGGAGGAGCUCCUGGACCAGGGGGAGUCGCUCCUCCAGGAAUAUCGCAGCGGGAGCCCGACGCUCAUCGACCGCGUGCCACCGGACAAGGCGUUCGGAGAGACCGCAGGGAACAUAGUCGUUGUCACGGCUCAAGUCUUCAAUGCCCACCAUGCGAGCGCCUACGACAUAGAGCUCUUGGGCUUCCCGGAGCUCAGCAAAGACGAACCAUACUUGCGCGAGUUUCUGAAUGCUGCAUGGUGGUCUAGUCUUGGCGAAGCGGGUAUAGAGCAGGAGGAUGUCAAACCAGAGGACGAUCCCAUCAAAGAGUGCCGAUUCGACCAUGGCCAAGUAAUUCUUCGCUUCGGUACACCAGAAGCUGCGUCUUUGGCUCUUAGCCUUAAUGGUCUGCGGUGCAGAGGCUGUGAGCUAAGGUUCAGCAGGCCCAAAGGCUGCACUCACAAGGCGUCCAAGCACCCACACCAAGUGCAGGUGGCGGAUCUGCGUGCGAUCCUUGGUUUCCAAAAGGAGGCUUUCGCCAUGCUUCAAGGAUGGCAAGAAACCAUCUUCAAAGGCAGCACUUCUUUGCAGGUCUUGGACACGUGGUCAAGCAUGCUACCAGCCAGCCACUACGACAUAUUGGCUGUGGACAGGUCUGCCUCCAGCGAUGAGAUCCUUGCUGCCUUCCGACACCAGCGUUCCCUGAACUGUGAGCGAGGGGAGUUGCGAAAGGCAUGUCGAAUACUGACAUGCGCCGAAACGAAGGUCCAAUACGAUCACGAACCCGAGCAGUUUGUGUGGGAUGCUCUUCGUGCAGCGAAGAACGAUUACUUCCAGCCAGCCUGCUUCGUGUUGCGCAACUUGGACCGCCUGCGCAAGGGGCUUGUGCGACGAAUCGAAGUGCUGCCGCGGCAAAGCUCGCACCUUCGGCGUGAGAAGAGGAUGAUCGUCAGCAGAAGUCGGGGAGCCGACCUGUGCAUCGUGUCAUCAGAGCCACAAGCCAAGUACUUACCAUCGGAAGUCUGGGUUGCGGGAGAACGAGUGCAACUGUCGGACGUGGAGGCGUUUGUACAUCGAGCAGGUGACGAGGCCGACGGAUUGCGGGCUACGCCGGACCGCACCAUCCUGACCGUGCCUAAGCCAUUGCUCGACAAGAUUCCCCACGGCGCAGAGAGGCAGAACCUCAUUGAAUCCGUCAAAAGCACAACAGGCCUGACCUUGACCAUAGUGGAGGAUCGGAUGAUUCUGGCCGCCGGACAUGAGCGAGGGCCGCAGGGCCAGCAUCUUCUCGCCCAAGCCAUCGCCACCCUGCAGUCCCAGGUGAUUUGGAGGGCGGCCGUGCAGUUCAAUCAUGGCACCUAUCAAGCCUGGGGUUAUGCGAUGUGGGCCGAGAAAAUUGGCAUCCAAGUUGUACCGAACAGGGAGCCAGAUCGCGACGAAGCAUGGGAGGUGCUUGCAACGACUCAGCAAGAGCUGCAGCUUCCGUCGCAGGAUGACUUUCCUCAAAUGGUCACUGUGAUCCUCAGUGCUUUGCAAGAGCGCGCCGAUGUCGGCAAAACGGUGAUCAAAGUCUUGACUUCGAAAGUGGUUUCCUUUGAAGUGAAGGAAGCCAACUUCGAAACCCGUGCAAAGGCAAUCUGCCUGAUGAUCCGGUUGUGGGCACGGAAAAGGCUUGCACACACCCUUGGGGACUUUGAACAGGAUGCUCUCUUCAAAACUCUUUGGAAGCUGCCGAUUAUGUUGGGUAAUCCGCAGAUGCAGCAGCUUCUAUUUAUCAGUGGUCAAGUUCUUCAAACGCUGCACCUGGCUUGGAUCCAGUUUCCGGACAAGAGUAGCUGGCUCCCGUGGAACAAUCUCCUGCCUGCAAUCGGCGACCAGCUCGGAGAGUUGCUAAAGCAGGCAGCUGAAUCAGUACAUGUUCAAGUGCGAUCGAAUUGGAGGCGCAAUGCCAGCAUCGCAGCAUUCAUCACGGAAUACAUUGCUUUCAACGAGUUUCGUGCCUGCGAGACCGGCAUCCAGGCAGUGUCCAGAAGAGCUCUCAAGCAGACGACCCCGGUUCCGGCCCAAAGCGCAAUGCCAAGUGCUACAGUUCAGCCACCUCCAGCCUCAGCAGCCGCAUGCUCACCUCCCAAGCGAGAGAGAGAGCACACCGACGAGAAGCCAGAAAGCAAGGUGCCUCGAACGUUGAUCGAAGAGUUCGAGAGAAACGCGCAGGCCCAGGUUCCUCUGUCACAGCGUCAGACGACUAAGCGCAAGCAACCCGAGCAACCAGUCAAACCAAAGUCGAAGGCAAUGCCGAAGGUUGGCCAGAAGAAUGAGGCAAAUACCAAUGCAAACAACAAGCCAGCAGGGAAAGCCACCGAGACGUUUGUGGUGGACCUGGAAAUGCAUGAGGACACAACCCCUCACAAGUCCACGAUCACGUCUCCUCCUGCAGAGCCUAUGCGCCCUGCCAAGGCCACAAGCACGUCUCCCCCUGCAAAGCCAGCAAGUUUAUUGGCAUCCACGCCGCAAUUCGAGCAAUGGUUAAAUGGCUUCGAUGACGGAAAAGGCAAAUUCGCAGAUCUCUACUUGCAGAAGCUGCAGGAGCAGUUCAGUGACAUGGAGGAGUUCAAGGAAUGCGCGCAGGAGUUGUGCAACUGGCAGGAGCAGAAGCUGCAAUUGAGCCACGUGGAGACAGAGUUCUGGACAGCGCUCGACAUUAAAACGAUGGGCCACAAGCUUGUGUGGCUGAAGCAGCUGCAGUGGAGCUUCCUGUUGGAUGCCGAGCUGGAUCCCAGAAGGUCAAGCUGGACGGUCUUGGCUGGGUACUUCUGCCACACCGCCUCGGCUUUGUACCAUCGAUGCCCGGAGCAGGUCCUCGAGUACUUGCGCCAGCGUGGGCCAGAUCAGGUGCUGGAGUGCUUUCUUCGGUUCCUGGGAACGAGGUGCAUAGCAGAGCUUUUUGCCACGCUGCUGUGCGCCCCAGACCCAGAGCACGGUCUCUUCGAAGCGGACGGGCUGAUCCUCCGCCUGGUCGAGCAUUUGUCAGGUGACGCCCCUCCUAGCGAAGACCCGAACGAGAACGUUUCCCUCGUCCUCAAGACGUUGAUAACUCAGGCAUGCGCCAAGAAGCUUUACUUCGCCUCGGCGGUUGUUGAUCAAAUGUCUUCGCCUAUCGUGGUGGAGCGUCUUAUGAGCAAGGCGUGCGUGGAGUCUGCUGAGCUGGCUUCUAUGGCGAAAGCUGCAGCAUCAGUUCUGGUUGGAGCAGUCUCGCAGAUUCUUCACGUCACGCCCAACCCAGCGCUGGCCAGCCGUGGACCGAACCUGCUGCAACCCUUCGAGGAGGAGGAGAGCCACGGACAAGAGACCGAGGCCGAUGGUGAUGACUCACGGCGUGCCGCCGGCAUUGCCCUUGUCCAGCACAUUUGCCAGCACUUGCCUGCCCUGUGCGACAGUUUUCUGGGAGCUUCGAAGGAAGAGGGUGAGGGCUCGCCCAGUGCCGAGCAGCAUCUUCUUGACGGACAGCGUCUUCGAGAAGCCAUCGUACUCCUUCUUGAGGCAGCGGAGAGCGACCUGUGCAACGAGGAGUUGUGGAACCAGCUCUUGCAGCUGGCCACGGGAUCGAAGCUGCUGGAGGACACGCUGAGCGCGCAUCUUGCUCUCCGAGACGGUAGCAGCGGCGAGAGCGCGGAGGUUUUGGGCAAGAGCCAGCUCAUCGCCGAUCUUCGCCGUGCUCGCGCAGCCCACGAAGCCGAAACUAGCAGGCUUUGCCAGACAACGCAGAGAUCGUUGAAAGUCGCCGAUGGACCGGCGGCCAUCGAAGCCAUGUCACUGCUAGUGGAGCUCGCUCGUCUACAAGACUCCGAGGUGCUUCAGGCCUUUGUGGAAGAGCGGGUCCUGUCGCGGGGCCUGCGCCGCCUCUUCGACCGGUCUUGGGGCGCGGUGAUGCUGAACGCCGUCGCAGCUCUGUGCGUGGAAAUCAUCCGAAGCCCCGAGCCGAAGGGCAAAGAGGCCGCCGAAUCCUUGCUGGAGGAAGGCCACCUGCUGGAUCGUGUAGCCGCCGUCCUUCGGAGGCAAUCCGAAGUUCGAGAGGUGCACAUGGGCCUCUUCAACCUGGACGCCUGGACGGAGGUCAUCCUCCCGGAUUUAGAGGAGUUUGCGCAGCUGGAGGAGGAGCCGCUGGGUGGCUUUGACAAGCUUGUGAACGUUGGAUCCGUGGCCAUUCCUGGUGAGGUGGAGUUCACCCCUGAGGCAGACGUGAAGCUUGAAGACACUUCCUAUACCCACAUCCUACAUCUCCUUGCUAAACCUACUUUGGGUAGUUGCAUGGCACGGCUCCCAAAAACAAAGACUACUUAA